AUGGAGGAUAUGCUCUCCUUCUUCUCUAGUGGCCUUCAUGUCAUGCUCGUCGAUGAUGACACGAAGAACACGAGAACUGCAACCAAAACGCUUUCUAUGCUGCACUGCCCAGUGGUGUCAACGCACACCACUGCAUGUGCUGGCCUGCGCACCCUCUCCGGCGACAACAUGUUAGACGUCCAGACUGUCCUCUGCGACGUCAGCAAGGUGGUCUCGUCCGGCUUCGACUUCCGCCGUGUCAACGAGACCGAACACCAAAUCCCCGUCAUCUACCUAUUAUCGACGACGGAGCCAGAGCAGAUGGUCGCCGGCGAGGACGCGGAGUUCCUGAACCACCUGCUGCUAAAGGCGACCUACAUCCUCAGGAAGCCGCUCGACUGGGCCACGAUAGCCUAAUUGUGGAGAGUGGUCGCAUGGCACAGGUGCUGCCUAGAAGAAAGGGUUCCUGGUGACUCCAUGGACGACAUAGCUGCCCAUGCCGGCGCUGGUGGUGAAGACGGCAAUGACGACGACGUCGUCGUCAUCGAGGAGCCACAAGUGCACUUCAAGUUGGUGAGGUCCCGUGGCAGCCGGAAGAGACAGCUGACCAUCAAUGUCGAUAGUGGCAGCAGCGACAGCGCAGAUGCCAACCAAAGAAAGAAGAUAGAGCACAUGAACGACGCGAAAGGGCCGGUGGGGCAGCAUGUUGCUAGCCACUUGCAGGAAUACUGCACAAAGCAACAGAAGGACCUUGAUGAGCGCCGCCUCAUCUCAUCGGACUCCUUGUUCCUCAAAGCCAUCUUUCCGACGCUCAAUGUCUCGCCGAGCAGCCCUCUGAUCCUCGCCGGCGGCGCCGGUCCAAGCUGCAUCCCCACAACGACCAUCGCUGGCAGCAGAACUGCAGCACCAUUUCAAGUUCCGGUUUUCCAGCAGCAACCCUCCGGCACUACGGUGAUCUCCUUCAGCAACACUGCCGUGCAGGCACCCAUCGGCAAUGCUUUUAUCUCCUUCAACAACGCUGCUUCGCCGGCGGCCACCGGCAAUACAGUUAUCUCCUUCAACAACAUUGCUGCACCAGCAGCCAUGCAGGUUCCGGCGAUGCGACAGCGACUGUCCGGCGGUGUCCAGCCAGAUGCUCCCCAGCAGAGGCUGUACAUGGGGCCCUUCUCCUACCAAGGCCCUCCGCCACCACCUACCAUGCGUAAUCACAUCAACAUAGUCCCGACGGCCUUCAUACCUCGGGUCGGGAUGACCGUGAAUAUAGGAAAGGCUCCUAUGAUCGAACUUCCAUUUGGAGUACCUGUGGAUGACUUCCUCGUCGGAGAAACCGCAUAUGGCGGUGCCGGACCAUCCAUAGGAGCCCCUAGCAACGACGCCGCUGUCGCGUACGCCUACACAGGUGCACUGAACAACAACACAGCUGUUGGUUCUCUCAUGGCGCCACCAAUUGAUGAGCCAACAUUCACCCUCACCGAUCCAAUCGUUGGGACCAAGGGUGAAGGAGUUGUCCACAUUGUCAUCACGUCAGAGGAUCAGAAUGCGUUGGCAGCAGUCGAAGCAGGAGCGCCUAACAACGCCGAGCCAUUCAUGAUGCCUGAUCAGGUUGAUCUUGAAGAAGACAUCAUGUUCUCUCUGGAAUCCCUCCUGGGGUUGGACGAGGACAUGAUACCUAUGGAAGACGCUGGCGGUGAGGCAGCUGAAGGGUCACUGAACAUAGGGGAAGGUGGCAUGGAGAUCGGGUGGGACCUGGACCUGGAUGACAUCCUCAUGAACAACACCAACGAAUUUGCCUUCCUGGACGACCUGGCCUGGAUCGAGUAG